AUGUUACCAACAAGUUUGACAAUCGAAAACAGUCAGGAUAGUCAGCCACGGAUACGGACCCUCACUGAAAAGGGAGAAGAACAAUUCCAGAAUCAAAAUGAUGAUUUCAAGUCUCGACUGCAGAUUCAAUGGGCCGUAGUUGAAAAUCUCAUUUCAUCAUAUAGUUCAUCAAUCACGAACUUGAACUAUUUAGAGAAUUUUGAAAAUGACAUGUCAAAGGCCUAUGCCCUUUACUGUUCAAUCUCUUCGGAGUAUGUGUCUUUUUUGUUAAAAGCUAGAACAGAAGCCAGUCUUCAAGAUUAUCAGCAUCACUUAUCGUCCGUUGCAAAAUGUAAACAAUCAGUGAACCAUGUGAUCGAGAAGGUCACCGAAGUGCGCCAAGUGGCAGUCGAAAAUGCCUCACGUCAGUCAAAGAGCGCAAAAUCAAGGCAAUCGAGAAACAGUCGCGCAUCCAAUUCUUCCUCAGAACUUGCCCGCAUACGUGCGAAAGCAGAGGCUGCAAAAGUAAGACUGGACUACAUCCAACAAGAGACAGCCUUACUGAAAGAACAGGCUGCCAUCACAGAACAAGAACAAAUAUCGCAUGCUGCAGCAUCGAGAAAAAAGACAGAGAUUGAAGCAGGAUUAAAGCUUCUUAGUGCCAGACAAGAGCUAGAUGCAACAAAAGCCGAGGCUGAAGUGUUAGAGAAUGAAGAGGAAGAAGCUAAUUCACAACAUUUGGAUGAUUUGAAGGCCAUGGAUCCCAUACACCGCACUUCACAAUACGUUGACGAACAAUUAGCUUUCAACCUUAACGAAAAACCAAAACUGUCAGUUGAUUUCAACUUGGAUGCGGCACCAUUUGUACCAAGACAACCUCAUAUUCCAGAAGGUGCCUUACCUAACGGACAGGAUCAAAUCCAGGACUUCACCAAGUUUCUACUCAAAAAGGAUUUGCUUACCUCUCGUCUUACUCGGUUUGACGAUCAGCCACAAACAUACAUUUUUUGGAAGGCUCAAUUCAAAGAAAUAAUGAACGACCUGGGUGUCACAAAUUCUGAGGAACUUGAUCUUCUUACGAAAUGGCUGGGACCAACUUCUUCAAAGUACGCCGCAAGCAUUAGGUCAUCAAACGUUUCCAAUCCGGCAGAAGCGCUAAGGAGAAUUUGGGAGCGUCUCAAUCAAAGAUAUGGCAGUCCAGAGCUACUGGAAUCUGUGUUGAUGUCCAGAUUAUCCUCUUUCCCAAAACUUACCAACAAAGACAAUGUGAAACUAUAUGACUUACUUGACUUGCUUUCCGAAAUUGAAUCACUUAUGCAAAAUCCGAAAUACUCGACUCUGCUGGCUCACUUCAAUUCAUCUUCUGGUAUAGCUCCUAUACUCAUCAAGCUUCCCAACAACAUCCAAGAGAAGUGGACAACAUUUGCAUACAAAUACAAAAAACAGCAUGAUGUUAUUUUCCCUCCAUUCUCCUAUUUUGUCGAAUUCAUGGAAGAUAUCUGCAGAAUGAAAAAUGACCCAGGAUUCAUGUACACCAGCGAAAGUUCAACGGAUUCCUCCAAACCCAAGGAGAGAGUUGAACAAAAGAACACUCAAGUGAAACACUGGAUUUCCACUAAAAAGACUGAAAUAAAGCAGAACUCAGAAAAUGCUAAGUCUACCAUAGUAUGCCCUCUGCACAAGACCAACCAUAGUCUUAAUGACUGCCGUGGGUUCAGAAACAAGUCACUUGAAGAAAGGAAAUGUUUCGUGCGUGAGAAAAAACUCUGUUUCAGAUGUUGUAAUUCAGAUCAACACAAAUCCAGGGAAUGCAAAGAGCAAAUUCACUGCAAUGAGUGUGGAAGCAACUCCCAUCCUAGUGCUCUUCACUCCAGUAUGCCUGUGGUCCAUCAUGGUGGGGAGAAGAUGAGUCAUGUAACAUCGGCAUGCACACAAAUCUGUAAAGAUCAAUUUUGCGGGAAGUCAUGUGCUAAGGUGAUUUUAGUGAACUUACACCAGAAAAACAAUCCAAACAAAUCGUUUAAAGCGUACGCGAUACUCGAUGACCAAAGUAACAAAUCGUUGGUCAAAUCAGACGUCUUUGACCAACUGGAUAUCCAUAGUGAAACGACAAACUUUCAGCUAACGUCUUGUUCUGGAAUAGUGGAUAUGUCUGGCAGACAAGCCCGAGAUCUCACAGUUUCAUCACUAGAUAGAUCAUCAUAUAUUGACAUACCGUUUGCCAUCGAAUGUAAUUACAUUCCGGAGAUCCGUGAUGAAAUACCUAUACCAGAGAUUGCAAGAUCAUACGCUCAUCUCCAUGACAUUGCGAAAGACAUACCUGAGGUCGAUGAAGAUAUUCCGAUUCUACUUUUAAUUGGUCGUGACAUUCAAGAAGCUCAUCAUGUGUUAGAGCAGCGAACAGGCGCAAGAAAUUCACCGUUUGGACAGAUACUUACCUUAGGUUGGGUGAUAGUUGGUGAAUCUUGUCUGAACAAGGUCCAUCGUCCUAACUCAGUGGUAGUGAAUAAGACCUACCUUCUACCUAAUGGAAGGUCAUCCAUAUUCCAACCUUGUGCGAAUGAUAUACACAUAGAGGUUCGUAAAGACACUGGAUACUCACUUCGAGAUCUGGACGCAUCUGUAUUCAUGAAACAAAGGGACGACGAUACAAUUGGUCUAUCAGUAGAUGACAAGAACUUCAUCAGAACCAUGGACAAAGAUGUUCACCUCACUAUUGAAGGGGAUUGGGAAGCUCCGUUACCAUUUAGAGAGAAACGACCGCGACUUCCAAACAACCGAAUGUACGCACUAAAGGGAGCUCAAAAUCUAGAUACCAGCCUCCGACGAGAUCAAACCAAACGAGACCAUUUCAUUUCAUUCAUGAAAAAGGUACUGGAUAACAACCAUGCAGAGAUAGCACCACCUUUGGAAGUGGACGAAGAAUGUUGGUAUCUACCCGUGUUCGGGGUGUACCACCCUAAGAAGCCGUCUCAGAUUAGGGCCGUGUUUGAUUCUUCUGCUAAAUUCCAAAAUAUUUCUUUGAAUGACAUUCUUCUCUCUGGUCCGGAUUUGAACAACAAACUUUUGGGUGUACUUUUACGUUUCCGAAAGGAGUCUGUAGCCGUGACAACAGAUAUAGAAUCCAUGUUUCACUGUUUUCUCGUUGAUGAGAAACACAGGAAAUUUCUUCGUUUUUUCUGGUACGAAGACAACGACAUCAGCAGGAAAUUGAUCGAGUAUCGCAUGAGAGUUCAUGUCUUUGGGAACUCGCCUUCGCCAGCUGUUGCCGUGUACUGUCUUCGUAAGGCAGCGUCUGCCAAUGAAGAAGUCUAUGGAUCCGAUGUAGUAGAUUUCGUGCGAAGAAAUUUUUACGUUGAUGAUGGGCUGGUUUCUCUACAUACAGCAGAGGAGGCAAUAAGUUUGCUGAAACGAACACAGUCCGCCCUUAAAGCUGGUGGCAAUCUGCGUUUGCAUAAAAUAGCUUCGAAUGACAAGAACGUUAUGGACGCCUUCUCUAUAGAAGACAGGGCAAAAGACCUCAAAGAUCUCGAUUUGAGCGUUGAUGAUCUUCCCAUGCAGAGAAGCUUAGGGUUGAAUUGGGAGCUCCAGUCAGACUCAUUUACAUACCGUCUAUCCAUGGCAGAGAGACCAUUCAGUAAACGAGGUCUAUUGUCUACAAUCAAUGGAAUCUAUGACCCCAUUGGAUUUGUUUGUCCAGUGGUUGUAUCUGGGAAAAUCUUAAUGAGGGAAACAUUAAGAGGUUCAGACAAUUGGGACGAUCGCUUACCUGCUCAUCUAUUGGACAAGUGGUUGAAUUGGAAAAACUCUUUGAAAUUCCUUGAAGACGUACAUAUUCCAAGGACAUAUGCGCCAACCUCUCUUUUAAUUGCUCGAUCCAAAGAGCUCCAUGUAUUCUCAGAUGCCUCUGAGAUGGCCAUUGCUUCAGUAGCAUAUUUACGUACAGUUGAUGCUAUGGAUAACAUCUACGUUGGAUUUAUUCUUGGGAAAAGCAAGCUCGCACCAGCAAGUGGACAUUCUAUUCCACGAUUGGAACUUUGUGCUGCAGUACUGUCAGCUCAGCUAUUUGACACCAUCUGUGAAGAACUAGAUGUGAAAUUUGAUAGUGUUCACUUUUAUACUGACAGUCGAGUGGUCCUGGGCUAUAUACACAACCAAACCCGACGAUUCUAUAAGUAUGUAGAAAACCGAGUUGACAGAAUCAAGAAAUCCACUACACCAGGUCAGUGGAGUUACGUUGCAACAAAAUUAAAUCCUGCAGAUUCUGGUACUAGAAGUAUGACUGCUGAUGCCAUAAAAAAUGACAUGUGGAUUCUGGGCCCGCCUCAACUUCAAGAACCGAUAGAAGAGUGUCCUAAAACAGAUUAUCACCUUUGUGAUCCUGAGCACGACAAAGAAAUUCGCAAGCCUGCGAAAAUCAACACUUUGAAAUCUACUAUCGAAAGCAAAGGCGUGCAAUCUGAAUCAUUUCGUAUAGGUCCUAGGAUGGAGAGAUUCUCCACAUGGACAAAAUUGGUGAGAUCGAUAGACCGUUUGAGAACACUGUGCAGGAAACAUUGCCUUACGAAGAACCUUUCAGUAUCAUACGUUUCACUCUCAUCAGAGGACCUAAUUGUUCGCAUGGUUCAGGAAGAGGUUUUCUCACAGGAGAUUGCAUGCUUGCAGUUGCAAAGACCAUUGCCGAAAAACAGCAGUCUUAUCACAUUUAAUCCUAUAAUUGACAAGAACGGUUUGCUCAGGGUAGGAGGUCGCUUGAAAAGAGGACAACUGACAACCAAUGAAAAACACCCUGUCAUUAUUCCUAAGAAGCAUCACUUGGCUAUUCUACUCGUGCGACAUUUCCACGAAUCAGUGAAACACCAAGGAAGGCAUUUUACUGCCGGUGCAUUGCAGUCAGCAGGAUACUGGCUAGUAGGAGGAAAACGUUUAAUAUCAUCUCUGCUACGCAAGUGUGUGAAGUGCCGCCGAUUGCGUGGGAAAUAUGAAUGCCAAAUGAUGUCCGACUUGCCUACAGAUCGAUUACAAUCUUCCCCUCCCUUCACAUGCAUAGGACUCGAUGUCUUUGGACCAUGGUCUGUUGUGACCAGGAAGACCAGAGGAGGAGUCUCAAACAGCAAGCGAUGGGCUGUUCUCUUCACUUGCCUUUACACCAGGGCGAUACACAUUGAGGUGAUAGAGGAAUUAUCGUCCUCCUCUUUCAUCAAUAGCCUACGUAGAUUCAUUGCAAUCAGAGGGAGUGUGCAGGAAAUUCGUUCAGAUCGUGGAUCUAAUUUUAUAGGGGCAACCGACGACUUAAACGUUAACGUUAUCAACGUAGAAAAGAAACCUGUCGCAGAUUUCCUGCUGGACAACAAAGUAACCUGGAUUUUCAAUCCUUCACAUUCCUCCCACAUGGGUGGAGUGUGGGAACGGAUGAUCGGAGUUGCCAGGAGGAUACUCGACUCGAUGCUCAUAGACCUGCAUUCGAAACAUCUGAGUCAUGAAGUCUUGACCACCCUUAUGACUGAAGUCUGUGCCAUUGUGAACUCCAGGCCGAUUGCUCCAGUGUCAUCUGAUCCAGAGAACCCUACGAUUCUUAGCCCCAACAUGUUGCUGACACAAAAGACUGGUGAAAUUCCGAUGAAAUUUGGUCCAUUCACACUCAAAGAUAUGUACAAGUCACAGUGGCGCUGUGUUCAGCAUUUAGCUAUCAUUUUCUGGGAACGUUGGAAGCGGGAGUAUUUGCAAACCCUUCAGUUGAGACGUAAAUGGCAGAAUGAUUCUCCCAAUCAUUGUAUGGGAGAUGUUGUUCUUCUGAAGGACCCAACAACAUCUAGGAAUGAGUGGCCAACUGGAAUCGUGACUAAUGCUAUCAAGAGUGCUGAUGGAAAAGUCCGCUCAGCUGAAGUGAGAAUAAUGAAAGAGGGCAAACCUGCAACCUUCACAAGACCCAUAUCGGAGAUGGUCCUUUUAAUUCAUGAGGACUGA